AUGCCAGCAACUCAACGCACUACCUCCAUCGCUGGCACUACCUCCAUCGCUGGCACUACCUCCAUCGCUGGCACUACCUCCAUCGCUGGCACUACCUCCAUCGCUGGCACUACCUCCAUCGCUGGCACUACCUCCAUCGCUGGCACUACCUCCAUCGCUGGCACUACCUCCAUCGCUGGCACUACCUCCAUCGCUGGCACUACCUCCAUCGCUGGCACUACCUCCAUCGCUGGCACUACCUCCAUCGCUGGCACUACCUCCAUCGCUGGCACUACCUCCAUCGCUGGCACUACCUCCAUCGCUGGCACUACCUCCAUCGCUGGCACUACCUCCAUCGCUGGCACUACCUCCAUCGCUGGCACUACCUCCAUCGCUGGCACUACCUCCAUCGCUGGCACUACCUCCAUCGCUGGCACUACCUCCAUCGCUGGCACUACCUCCAUCGCUGGCACUACCUCCAUCGCUGGCACUACCUCCAUCGCUGGCACUACCUCCAUCGCUGGCACUACCUCCAUCGCUGGCACUACCUCCAUCGCUGGCACUACCUCCAUCGCUGGCACUACCUCCAUCGCUGGCACUACCUCCAUCGCUGGCACUACCUCCAUCGCUGGCACUACCUCCAUCGCUGGCACUACCUCCAUCGCUGGCACUACCUCCAUCGCUGGCACUACCUCCAUCGCUGGCACUACCUCCAUCGCUGGCACUACCUCCAUCGCUGGCACUACCUCCAUCGCUGGCACUACCUCCAUCGCUGGCACUACCUCCAUCGCUGGCACUACCUCCAUCGCUGGCACUACCUCCAUCGCUGGCACUACCUCCAUCGCUGGCACUACCUCCAUCGCUGGCACUACCUCCAUCGCUGGCACUACCUCCAUCGCUGGCACUACCUCCAUCGCUGGCACUACCUCCAUCGCUGGCACUACCUCCAUCGCUGGCACUACCUCCAUCGCUGGCACUACCUCCAUCGCUGGCACUACCUCCAUCGCUGGCACUACCUCCAUCGCUGGCACUACCUCCAUCGCUGGCACUACCUCCAUCGCUGGCACUACCUCCAUCGCUGGCACUACCUCCAUCGCUGGCACUACCUCCAUCGCUGGCACUACCUCCAUCGCUGGCACUACCUCCAUCGCUGGCACUACCUCCAUCGCUGGCACUACCUCCAUCGCUGGCACUACCUCCAUCGCUGGCACUACCUCCAUCGCUGGCACUACCUCCAUCGCUGGCACUACCUCCAUCGCUGGCACUCCCUCCAUCGCUGGCACUACCUCCAUCGCUGGCACUACCUCCAUCGCUGGCACUACCUCCAUCGCUGGCACUACCUCCAUCGCUGGCACUACCUCCAUCGCUGGCACUACCUCCAUCGCUGGCACUACCUCCAUCGCUGGCACUACCUCCAUCGCUGGCACUACCUCCAUCGCUGGCACUACCUCCAUCGCUGGCACUACCUCCAUCGCUGGCACUACCUCCAUCGCUGGCACUACCUCCAUCGCUGGCACUACCUCCAUCGCUGGCACUACCUCCAUCGCUGGCACUACCUCCAUCGCUGGCACUACCUCCAUCGCUGGCACUACCUCCAUCGCUGGCACUACCUCCAUCGCUGGCACUACCUCCAUCGCUGGCACUACCUCCAUCGCUGGCACUACCUCCAUCGCUGGCACUACCUCCAUCGCUGGCACUACCUCCAUCGCUGGCACUACCUCCAUCGCUGGCACUACCUCCAUCGCUGGCACUACCUCCAUCGCUGGCACUACCUCCAUCGCUGGCACUACCUCCAUCGCUGGCACUACCUCCAUCGCUGGCACUACCUCCAUCGCUGGCACUACCUCCAUCGCUGGCACUACCUCCAUCGCUGGCACUACCUCCAUCGCUGGCACUACCUCCAUCGCUGGCACUCCCUCCAUCGCUGGCACUACCUCCAUCGCUGGCACUACCUCCAUCGCUGGCACUACCUCCAUCGCUGGCACUACCUCCAUCGCUGGCACUACCUCCAUCGCUGGCACUACCUCCAUCGCUGGCACUACCUCCAUCGCUGGCACUACCUCCAUCGCUGGCACUACCUCCAUCGCUGGCACUACCUCCAUCGCUGGCACUACCUCCAUCGCUGGCACUACCUCCAUCGCUGGCACUACCUCCAUCGCUGGCACUACCUCCAUCGCUGGCACUACCUCCAUCGCUGGCACUACCUCCAUCGCUGGCACUACCUCCAUCGCUGGCACUACCUCCAUCGCUGGCACUACCUCCAUCGCUGGCACUACCUCCAUCGCUGGCACUACCUCCAUCGCUGGCACUACCUCCAUCGCUGGCACUACCUCCAUCGCUGGCACUACCUCCAUCGCUGGCACUACCUCCAUCGCUGGCACUACCUCCAUCGCUGGCACUACCUCCAUCGCUGGCACUACCUCCAUCGCUGGCACUACCUCCAUCGCUGGCACUACCUCCAUCGCUGGCACUACCUCCAUCGCUGGCACUACCUCCAUCGCUGGCACUACCUCCAUCGCUGGCACUACCUCCAUCGCUGGCACUACCUCCAUCGCUGGCACUACCUCCAUCGCUGGCACUACCUCCAUCGCUGGCACUCCCUCCAUCGCUGGCACUCCCUCCAUCGCUGGCACUACCUCCAUCGCUGGCACUACCUCCAUCGCUGGCACUACCUCCAUCGCUGGCACUACCUCCAUCGCUGGCACUACCUCCAUCGCUGGCACUACCUCCAUCGCUGGCACUACCUCCAUCGCUGGCACUACCUCCAUCGCUGGCACUACCUCCAUCGCUGGCACUACCUCCAUCGCUGGCACUACCUCCAUCGCUGGCACUACCUCCAUCGCUGGCACUACCUCCAUCGCUGGCACUACCUCCAUCGCUGGCACUACCUCCAUCGCUGGCACUACCUCCAUCGCUGGCACUACCUCCAUCGCUGGCACUACCUCCAUCGCUGGCACUACCUCCAUCGCUGGCACUACCUCCAUCGCUGGCACUACCUCCAUCGCUGGCACUCCCUCCAUCGCUGGCACUACCUCCAUCGCUGGCACUACCUCCAUCGCUGGCACUACCUCCAUCGCUGGCACUACCUCCAUCGCUGGCACUACCUCCAUCGCUGGCACUACCUCCAUCGCUGGCACUACCUCCAUCGCUGGCACUACCUCCAUCGCUGGCACUACCUCCAUCGCUGGCACUACCUCCAUCGCUGGCACUACCUCCAUCGCUGGCACUACCUCCAUCGCUGGCACUACCUCCAUCGCUGGCACUACCUCCAUCGCUGGCACUACCUCCAUCGCUGGCACUACCUCCAUCGCUGGCACUACCUCCAUCGCUGGCACUACCUCCAUCGCUGGCACUACCUCCAUCGCUGGCACUACCUCCAUCGCUGGCACUACCUCCAUCGCUGGCACUACCUCCAUCGCUGGCACUACCUCCAUCGCUGGCACUACCUCCAUCGCUGGCACUACCUCCAUCGCUGGCACUACCUCCAUCGCUGGCACUACCUCCAUCGCUGGCACUACCUCCAUCGCUGGCACUACCUCCAUCGCUGGCACUACCUCCAUCGCUGGCACUACCUCCAUCGCUGGCACUACCUCCAUCGCUGGCACUACCUCCAUCGCUGGCACUACCUCCAUCGCUGGCACUACCUCCAUCGCUGGCACUACCUCCAUCGCUGGCACUACCUCCAUCGCUGGCACUACCUCCAUCGCUGGCACUACCUCCAUCGCUGGCACUACCUCCAUCGCUGGCACUACCUCCAUCGCUGGCACUACCUCCAUCGCUGGCACUACCUCCAUCGCUGGCACUACCUCCAUCGCUGGCACUACCUCCAUCGCUGGCACUACCUCCAUCGCUGGCACUACCUCCAUCGCUGGCACUACCUCCAUCGCUGGCACUACCUCCAUCGCUGGCACUACCUCCAUCGCUGGCACUACCUCCAUCGCUGGCACUACCUCCAUCGCUGGCACUACCUCCAUCGCUGGCACUACCUCCAUCGCUGGCACUACCUCCAUCGCUGGCACUACCUCCAUCGCUGGCACUACCUCCAUCGCUGGCACUACCUCCAUCGCUGGCACUACCUCCAUCGCUGGCACUACCUCCAUCGCUGGCACUACCUCCAUCGCUGGCACUACCUCCAUCGCUGGCACUACCUCCAUCGCUGGCACUACCUCCAUCGCUGGCACUACCUCCAUCGCUGGCACUACCUCCAUCGCUGGCACUACCUCCAUCGCUGGCACUACCUCCAUCGCUGGCACUACCUCCAUCGCUGGCACUACCUCCAUCGCUGGCACUACCUCCAUCGCUGGCACUACCUCCAUCGCUGGCACUACCUCCAUCGCUGGCACUACCUCCAUCGCUGGCACUACCUCCAUCGCUGGCACUACCUCCAUCGCUGGCACUACCUCCAUCGCUGGCACUACCUCCAUCGCUGGCACUACCUCCAUCGCUGGCACUACCUCCAUCGCUGGCACUACCUCCAUCGCUGGCACUACCUCCAUCGCUGGCACUACCUCCAUCGCUGGCACUACCUCCAUCGCUGGCACUACCUCCAUCGCUGGCACUACCUCCAUCGCUGGCACUACCUCCAUCGCUGGCACUACCUCCAUCGCUGGCACUACCUCCAUCGCUGGCACUACCUCCAUCGCUGGCACUACCUCCAUCGCUGGCACUACCUCCAUCGCUGGCACUACCUCCAUCGCUGGCACUACCUCCAUCGCUGGCACUACCUCCAUCGCUGGCACUACCUCCAUCGCUGGCACUACCUCCAUCGCUGGCACUACCUCCAUCGCUGGCACUACCUCCAUCGCUGGCACUACCUCCAUCGCUGGCACUACCUCCAUCGCUGGCACUACCUCCAUCGCUGGCACUACCUCCAUCGCUGGCACUACCUCCAUCGCUGGCACUACCUCCAUCGCUGGCACUACCUCCAUCGCUGGCACUACCUCCAUCGCUGGCACUACCUCCAUCGCUGGCACUACCUCCAUCGCUGGCACUACCUCCAUCGCUGGCACUACCUCCAUCGCUGGCACUACCUCCAUCGCUGGCACUACCUCCAUCGCUGGCACUACCUCCAUCGCUGGCACUACCUCCAUCGCUGGCACUACCUCCAUCGCUGGCACUACCUCCAUCGCUGGCACUACCUCCAUCGCUGGCACUACCUCCAUCGCUGGCACUACCUCCAUCGCUGGCACUACCUCCAUCGCUGGCACUACCUCCAUCGCUGGCACUACCUCCAUCGCUGGCACUACCUCCAUCGCUGGCACUACCUCCAUCGCUGGCACUACCUCCAUCGCUGGCACUACCUCCAUCGCUGGCACUACCUCCAUCGCUGGCACUACCUCCAUCGCUGGCACUACCUCCAUCGCUGGCACUACCUCCAUCGCUGGCACUACCUCCAUCGCUGGCACUACCUCCAUCGCUGGCACUACCUCCAUCGCUGGCACUACCUCCAUCGCUGGCACUACCUCCAUCGCUGGCACUACCUCCAUCGCUGGCACUACCUCCAUCGCUGGCACUACCUCCAUCGCUGGCACUACCUCCAUCGCUGGCACUACCUCCAUCGCUGGCACUACCUCCAUCGCUGGCACUACCUCCAUCGCUGGCACUACCUCCAUCGCUGGCACUACCUCCAUCGCUGGCACUACCUCCAUCGCUGGCACUACCUCCAUCGCUGGCACUACCUCCAUCGCUGGCACUACCUCCAUCGCUGGCACUACCUCCAUCGCUGGCACUACCUCCAUCGCUGGCACUACCUCCAUCGCUGGCACUACCUCCAUCGCUGGCACUACCUCCAUCGCUGGCACUACCUCCAUCGCUGGCACUACCUCCAUCGCUGGCACUACCUCCAUCGCUGGCACUACCUCCAUCGCUGGCACUACCUCCAUCGCUGGCACUACCUCCAUCGCUGGCACUACCUCCAUCGCUGGCACUACCUCCAUCGCUGGCACUACCUCCAUCGCUGGCACUACCUCCAUCGCUGGCACUACCUCCAUCGCUGGCACUACCUCCAUCGCUGGCACUACCUCCAUCGCUGGCACUACCUCCAUCGCUGGCACUACCUCCAUCGCUGGCACUACCUCCAUCGCUGGCACUACCUCCAUCGCUGGCACUACCUCCAUCGCUGGCACUACCUCCAUCGCUGGCACUACCUCCAUCGCUGGCACUACCUCCAUCGCUGGCACUACCUCCAUCGCUGGCACUACCUCCAUCGCUGGCACUACCUCCAUCGCUGGCACUACCUCCAUCGCUGGCACUACCUCCAUCGCUGGCACUACCUCCAUCGCUGGCACUACCUCCAUCGCUGGCACUACCUCCAUCGCUGGCACUACCUCCAUCGCUGGCACUCCCUCCAUCGCUGGCACUACCUCCAUCGCUGGCACUACCUCCAUCGCUGGCACUACCUCCAUCGCUGGCACUACCUCCAUCGCUGGCACUACCUCCAUCGCUGGCACUACCUCCAUCGCUGGCACUACCUCCAUCGCUGGCACUACCUCCAUCGCUGGCACUACCUCCAUCGCUGGCACUACCUCCAUCGCUGGCACUACCUCCAUCGCUGGCACUACCUCCAUCGCUGGCACUACCUCCAUCGCUGGCACUACCUCCAUCGCUGGCACUACCUCCAUCGCUGGCACUACCUCCAUCGCUGGCACUACCUCCAUCGCUGGCACUACCUCCAUCGCUGGCACUACCUCCAUCGCUGGCACUACCUCCAUCGCUGGCACUACCUCCAUCGCUGGCACUACCUCCAUCGCUGGCACUACCUCCAUCGCUGGCACUACCUCCAUCGCUGGCACUACCUCCAUCGCUGGCACUACCUCCAUCGCUGGCACUACCUCCAUCGCUGGCACUACCUCCAUCGCUGGCACUCCCUCCAUCGCUGGCACUACCUCCAUCGCUGGCACUCCCUCCAUCGCUGGCACUACCUCCAUCGCUGGCACUACCUCCAUCGCUGGCACUACCUCCAUCGCUGGCACUACCUCCAUCGCUGGCACUACCUCCAUCGCUGGCACUACCUCCAUCGCUGGCACUACCUCCAUCGCUGGCACUACCUCCAUCGCUGGCACUACCUCCAUCGCUGGCACUACCUCCAUCGCUGGCACUACCUCCAUCGCUGGCACUACCUCCAUCGCUGGCACUACCUCCAUCGCUGGCACUACCUCCAUCGCUGGCACUACCUCCAUCGCUGGCACUACCUCCAUCGCUGGCACUACCUCCAUCGCUGGCACUACCUCCAUCGCUGGCACUACCUCCAUCGCUGGCACUACCUCCAUCGCUGGCACUACCUCCAUCGCUGGCACUACCUCCAUCGCUGGCACUACCUCCAUCGCUGGCACUACCUCCAUCGCUGGCACUACCUCCAUCGCUGGCACUACCUCCAUCGCUGGCACUACCUCCAUCGCUGGCACUACCUCCAUCGCUGGCACUACCUCCAUCGCUGGCACUACCUCCAUCGCUGGCACUACCUCCAUCGCUGGCACUACCUCCAUCGCUGGCACUACCUCCAUCGCUGGCACUACCUCCAUCGCUGGCACUACCUCCAUCGCUGGCACUACCUCCAUCGCUGGCACUACCUCCAUCGCUGGCACUCCCUCCAUCGCUGGCACUCCCUCCAUCGCUGGCACUACCUCCAUCGCUGGCACUACCUCCAUCGCUGGCACUACCUCCAUCGCUGGCACUACCUCCAUCGCUGGCACUACCUCCAUCGCUGGCACUACCUCCAUCGCUGGCACUACCUCCAUCGCUGGCACUACCUCCAUCGCUGGCACUACCUCCAUCGCUGGCACUACCUCCAUCGCUGGCACUACCUCCAUCGCUGGCACUACCUCCAUCGCUGGCACUACCUCCAUCGCUGGCACUACCUCCAUCGCUGGCACUACCUCCAUCGCUGGCACUACCUCCAUCGCUGGCACUACCUCCAUCGCUGGCACUACCUCCAUCGCUGGCACUACCUCCAUCGCUGGCACUACCUCCAUCGCUGGCACUACCUCCAUCGCUGGCACUACCUCCAUCGCUGGCACUACCUCCAUCGCUGGCACUACCUCCAUCGCUGGCACUACCUCCAUCGCUGGCACUACCUCCAUCGCUGGCACUACCUCCAUCGCUGGCACUACCUCCAUCGCUGGCACUACCUCCAUCGCUGGCACUACCUCCAUCGCUGGCACUACCUCCAUCGCUGGCACUACCUCCAUCGCUGGCACUCCCUCCAUCGCUGGCACUACCUCCAUCGCUGGCACUACCUCCAUCGCUGGCACUACCUCCAUCGCUGGCACUACCUCCAUCGCUGGCACUACCUCCAUCGCUGGCACUACCUCCAUCGCUGGCACUACCUCCAUCGCUGGCACUACCUCCAUCGCUGGCACUACCUCCAUCGCUGGCACUACCUCCAUCGCUGGCACUACCUCCAUCGCUGGCACUACCUCCAUCGCUGGCACUACCUCCAUCGCUGGCACUACCUCCAUCGCUGGCACUACCUCCAUCGCUGGCACUACCUCCAUCGCUGGCACUACCUCCAUCGCUGGCACUACCUCCAUCGCUGGCACUACCUCCAUCGCUGGCACUACCUCCAUCGCUGGCACUACCUCCAUCGCUGGCACUACCUCCAUCGCUGGCACUACCUCCAUCGCUGGCACUACCUCCAUCGCUGGCACUACCUCCAUCGCUGGCACUACCUCCAUCGCUGGCACUACCUCCAUCGCUGGCACUACCUCCAUCGCUGGCACUACCUCCAUCGCUGGCACUACCUCCAUCGCUGGCACUACCUCCAUCGCUGGCACUACCUCCAUCGCUGGCACUACCUCCAUCGCUGGCACUCCCUCCAUCGCUGGCACUACCUCCAUCGCUGGCACUACCUCCAUCGCUGGCACUACCUCCAUCGCUGGCACUACCUCCAUCGCUGGCACUACCUCCAUCGCUGGCACUACCUCCAUCGCUGGCACUACCUCCAUCGCUGGCACUACCUCCAUCGCUGGCACUCCCUCCAUCGCUGGCACUCCCUCCAUCGCUGGCACUACCUCCAUCGCUGGCACUCCCUCCAUCGCUGGCACUACCUCCAUCGCUGGCACUACCUCCAUCGCUGGCACUACCUCCAUCGCUGGCACUACCUCCAUCGCUGGCACUACCUCCAUCGCUGGCACUACCUCCAUCGCUGGCACUACCUCCAUCGCUGGCACUACCUCCAUCGCUGGCACUACCUCCAUCGCUGGCACUACCUCCAUCGCUGGCACUACCUCCAUCGCUGGCACUACCUCCAUCGCUGGCACUACCUCCAUCGCUGGCACUCCCUCCAUCGCUGGCACUACCUCCAUCGCUGGCACUACCUCCAUCGCUGGCACUACCUCCAUCGCUGGCACUACCUCCAUCGCUGGCACUACCUCCAUCGCUGGCACUACCUCCAUCGCUGGCACUACCUCCAUCGCUGGCACUACCUCCAUCGCUGGCACUACCUCCAUCGCUGGCACUACCUCCAUCGCUGGCACUACCUCCAUCGCUGGCACUACCUCCAUCGCUGGCACUACCUCCAUCGCUGGCACUACCUCCAUCGCUGGCACUACCUCCAUCGCUGGCACUACCUCCAUCGCUGGCACUACCUCCAUCGCUGGCACUACCUCCAUCGCUGGCACUACCUCCAUCGCUGGCACUACCUCCAUCGCUGGCACUACCUCCAUCGCUGGCACUACCUCCAUCGCUGGCACUACCUCCAUCGCUGGCACUACCUCCAUCGCUGGCACUACCUCCAUCGCUGGCACUACCUCCAUCGCUGGCACUACCUCCAUCGCUGGCACUACCUCCAUCGCUGGCACUACCUCCAUCGCUGGCACUACCUCCAUCGCUGGCACUACCUCCAUCGCUGGCACUACCUCCAUCGCUGGCACUACCUCCAUCGCUGGCACUACCUCCAUCGCUGGCACUACCUCCAUCGCUGGCACUACCUCCAUCGCUGGCACUACCUCCAUCGCUGGCACUACCUCCAUCGCUGGCACUACCUCCAUCGCUGGCACUACCUCCAUCGCUGGCACUACCUCCAUCGCUGGCACUACCUCCAUCGCUGGCACUACCUCCAUCGCUGGCACUACCUCCAUCGCUGGCACUACCUCCAUCGCUGGCACUACCUCCAUCGCUGGCACUACCUCCAUCGCUGGCACUACCUCCAUCGCUGGCACUACCUCCAUCGCUGGCACUACCUCCAUCGCUGGCACUACCUCCAUCGCUGGCACUACCUCCAUCGCUGGCACUACCUCCAUCGCUGGCACUACCUCCAUCGCUGGCACUACCUCCAUCGCUGGCACUACCUCCAUCGCUGGCACUACCUCCAUCGCUGGCACUACCUCCAUCGCUGGCACUACCUCCAUCGCUGGCACUACCUCCAUCGCUGGCACUACCUCCAUCGCUGGCACUACCUCCAUCGCUGGCACUACCUCCAUCGCUGGCACUACCUCCAUCGCUGGCACUACCUCCAUCGCUGGCACUACCUCCAUCGCUGGCACUACCUCCAUCGCUGGCACUACCUCCAUCGCUGGCACUACCUCCAUCGCUGGCACUACCUCCAUCGCUGGCACUACCUCCAUCGCUGGCACUACCUCCAUCGCUGGCACUACCUCCAUCGCUGGCACUACCUCCAUCGCUGGCACUACCUCCAUCGCUGGCACUACCUCCAUCGCUGGCACUACCUCCAUCGCUGGCACUCCCUCCAUCGCUGGCACUCCCUCCAUCGCUGGCACUACCUCCAUCGCUGGCACUCCCUCCAUCGCUGGCACUCCCUCCAUCGCUGGCACUACCUCCAUCGCUGGCACUACCUCCAUCGCUGGCACUACCUCCAUCGCUGGCACUACCUCCAUCGCUGGCACUACCUCCAUCGCUGGCACUACCUCCAUCGCUGGCACUACCUCCAUCGCUGGCACUACCUCCAUCGCUGGCACUACCUCCAUCGCUGGCACUACCUCCAUCGCUGGCACUACCUCCAUCGCUGGCACUACCUCCAUCGCUGGCACUACCUCCAUCGCUGGCACUACCUCCAUCGCUGGCACUACCUCCAUCGCUGGCACUACCUCCAUCGCUGGCACUACCUCCAUCGCUGGCACUACCUCCAUCGCUGGCACUACCUCCAUCGCUGCGGCGGCGGCGGUGGUGGGGGAGGAGGCAGCGGCAGUGGCGGUGGAGGCCUUGCACACGAUCACUGGGAUCGCUGGCACUCCCUCCAUCGCUGGCACUCCCUCCAUCGCUGGCACUCCCUCCAUCGCUGGCACUCCCUCCAUCGCUGGCACUACCUCCAUCGCUGGCACUACCUCCAUCGCUGGCACUACCUCCAUCGCUGGCACUCCCUCCAUCGCUGGCACUCCCUCCAUCGCUGGCACUCCCUCCAUCGCUGGCACUACCUCCAUCGCUGGCACUCCCUCCAUCGCUGGCACUACCUCCAUCGCUGGCACUCCCUCCAUCGCUGGCACUCCCUCCAUCGCUGGCACUCCCUCCAUCGCUGGCACUCCCUCCAUCGCUGGCACUCCCUCCAUCGCUGGCACUCCCUCCAUCGCUGGCACUCCCUCCAUCGCUGGCACUCCCUCCAUCGCUGGCACUCCCUCCAUCGCUGGCACUCCCUCCAUCGCUGGCACUCCCUCCAUCGCUGGCACUCCCUCCAUCGCUGGCACUCCCUCCAUCGCUGGCACUCCCUCCAUCGCUGGCACUCCCUCCAUCGCUGGCACUCCCUCCAUCGCUGGCACUCCCUCCAUCGCUGGCACUCCCUCCAUCGCUGGCACUCCCUCCAUCGCUGGCACUCCCUCCAUCGCUGGCACUCCCUCCAUCGCUGGCACUCCCUCCAUCGCUGGCACUCCCUCCAUCGCUGGCACUCCCUCCAUCGCUGGCACUCCCUCCAUCGCUGGCACUCCCUCCAUCGCUGGCACUCCCUCCAUCGCUGGCACUCCCUCCAUCGCUGGCACUCCCUCCAUCGCUGGCACUCCCUCCAUCGCUGGCACUCCCUCCAUCGCUGGCACUCCCUCCAUCGCUGGCACUCCCUCCAUCGCUGGCACUCCCUCCAUCGCUGGCACUCCCUCCAUCGCUGGCACUCCCUCCAUCGCUGGCACUCCCUCCAUCGCUGGCACUCCCUCCAUCGCUGGCACUCCCUCCAUCGCUGGCACUCCCUCCAUCGCUGGCACUCCCUCCAUCGCUGGCACUCCCUCCAUCGCUGGCACUCCCUCCAUCGCUGGCACUCCCUCCAUCGCUGGCACUCCCUCCAUCGCUGGCACUCCCUCCAUCGCUGGCACUCCCUCCAUCGCUGGCACUCCCUCCAUCGCUGGCACUCCCUCCAUCGCUGGCACUCCCUCCAUCGCUGGCACUCCCUCCAUCGCUGGCACUCCCUCCAUCGCUGGCACUCCCUCCAUCGCUGGCACUCCCUCCAUCGCUGGCACUCCCUCCAUCGCUGGCACUCCCUCCAUCGCUGGCACUCCCUCCAUCGCUGGCACUCCCUCCAUCGCUGGCACUCCCUCCAUCGCUGGCACUCCCUCCAUCGCUGGCACUCCCUCCAUCGCUGGCACUCCCUCCAUCGCUGGCACUCCCUCCAUCGCUGGCACUCCCUCCAUCGCUGGCACUCCCUCCAUCGCUGGCACUCCCUCCAUCGCUGGCACUCCCUCCAUCGCUGGCACUCCCUCCAUCGCUGGCACUCCCUCCAUCGCUGGCACUCCCUCCAUCGCUGGCACUCCCUCCAUCGCUGGCACUCCCUCCAUCGCUGGCACUCCCUCCAUCGCUGGCACUCCCUCCAUCGCUGGCACUCCCUCCAUCGCUGGCACUCCCUCCAUCGCUGGCACUCCCUCCAUCGCUGGCACUCCCUCCAUCGCUGGCACUCCCUCCAUCGCUGGCACUCCCUCCAUCGCUGGCACUCCCUCCAUCGCUGGCACUCCCUCCAUCGCUGGCACUCCCUCCAUCGCUGGCACUCCCUCCAUCGCUGGCACUCCCUCCAUCGCUGGCACUCCCUCCAUCGCUGGCACUCCCUCCAUCGCUGGCACUCCCUCCAUCGCUGGCACUCCCUCCAUCGCUGGCACUCCCUCCAUCGCUGGCACUCCCUCCAUCGCUGGCACUCCCUCCAUCGCUGGCACUCCCUCCAUCGCUGGCACUCCCUCCAUCGCUGGCACUCCCUCCAUCGCUGGCACUCCCUCCAUCGCUGGCACUCCCUCCAUCGCUGGCACUCCCUCCAUCGCUGGCACUCCCUCCAUCGCUGGCACUCCCUCCAUCGCUGGCACUCCCUCCAUCGCUGGCACUCCCUCCAUCGCUGGCACUCCCUCCAUCGCUGGCACUCCCUCCAUCGCUGGCACUCCCUCCAUCGCUGGCACUCCCUCCAUCGCUGGCACUCCCUCCAUCGCUGGCACUCCCUCCAUCGCUGGCACUCCCUCCAUCGCUGGCACUCCCUCCAUCGCUGGCACUCCCUCCAUCGCUGGCACUCCCUCCAUCGCUGGCACUCCCUCCAUCGCUGGCACUCCCUCCAUCGCUGGCACUCCCUCCAUCGCUGGCACUCCCUCCAUCGCUGGCACUCCCUCCAUCGCUGGCACUCCCUCCAUCGCUGGCACUCCCUCCAUCGCUGGCACUCCCUCCAUCGCUGGCACUCCCUCCAUCGCUGGCACUCCUCCAUCGCUAGCACUCCCUCCAUCGCUGGCACUACCUCCAUCGCUGGCACUACCUCCAUCUCCAUCGCUGGCACUCAGUGUUUCAAGUGGAAUUCCAAUCGCCAUCUACGAGUUCAUGCCCAACGGGGACCUGCACUACCGCUUGCACCGCGAUGACGCAGGUAAUAUCACCCCCCUGACCCUGCAUCAGCGGCUGGACAUUCUGAUAGGAGUGGCGCGCGCGCUGGAGUAUCUGCACAGCUUUGGCAUCGUGCAUCGCGACAUCAAGCCCGCCAACAUCCUGCUGGAUGCCCACAUGCAGGCGAAAUUGGCAGACUUUGGUUUGUUGAGGUGCACAGUUGUGAUGGGCGAUGGCAGCUGCUCACUGCAGUCCACACAAGUGAUGGGCACACCGGGCUAUGUCGACCCUGUAUAUAGAAAGACUCACAUGGCCACUACAAGUGCUGAUGUGUACAGUGCGAAUGCGUGUGCACGUUUUUUGUUGUUUGCCCAAGUACUCACUCAGCUGCUGACUAGCAAACAUGCUGUGUUCCUAUGUGAAGAUAGAAAAGAAACCAACAUCAAGGACUGGGUUGAGCUGCAGGUGGGGAGAAGGAACAGAGCAUCUGUUGUCAGCAAGGAUCUCAAUGCACCGCAUGCCGUGGCCUCCAAGCUAGUUGAGAUUUCUCUCUCAUGUGUUGCAGAGCUCGUAUUAAAUCGACCCAGUAUGAGCCAUGUGCUAGUUGAGCUUGAAACUCUGCGGAGGGAGCUGAUGGAUGGAAGACAGGAGAGAGUAGCCAGGCUGUUAGAUGCAAAAGUUCAACAAGCUUCACUGGAUUGUAGUAGGGGACUGGAGGAGGAGCUCGAGAUUGUCACUAGGAGUGUUCAUGAUGAUGACUAG